AAAUUCUUGUAUGUCGUAUACAGUAAAUGUUUGUUGAUAUGUUGAAAGGUACUGGUUGUUUACAUGUUUAAUAUUAUCUAAAACUAUCGUGGAGAUAUUGUUUAGGCAAAUAGACUUAUGGAAGAUAAUCUCGAAAAUGUUAAAAUCGUUCAACAUAGACUCUCCCAGUAGUUUUGUUGGGUUGGGUCACAUGACACUAGACAGUGGCGAACAAUGUUUACAAGAUCCUUUUAUAAAUCGUUUAUAAAAGAAGCGAUAUAUACACAAUAUACAAUACGUAGCCGUAGCCGUAUUUAUACGCAUUAGUGCAUAUUAUAUAAUUAAAUGUUGGCAUUUUAAGGGUAAACUGUAUUAUAUAUUAAUUUGUAUAACAUUUUUAAAAACAGUAUUAAUAUUACUAUUUGUAAUUCUUGAAAAGAUAUCAAAAUAUAAAUGAUGAAAAGUUGUGUACCUAGACUAUUAUAGGCUUACUGUAGGCUACUGUGGGCUGUAGGUUACUGUAAGAAAGCUAUCGUAUCGUUCACGUUCCUUAUCAAGUCAACUCUUUUCAAUUUGGAUUUAAUUUUUCCGAAAGUACGGAUAAUUACCUAUAAAACCCCCAAAAAUUGUCUUGAUACAAUGAAAAUUGACGAAGUUAUGCACAUUUGAAAAAUGGCAAAGUUUUUAUGAAUAAUUUUGUUGCGUAGUGUAGUAUGCUGUUUUCAACACGGAUUUACGAGAAUAACCAAUCAUUCCAUUAGGUAGUAUGGUAAAUUCAAUGAGCUUAACUUGGACAUCUCUGAUUUAGUUGAAAAAGCUGUUAAUAGCUUGUAAAGUUAAAUAUCUCAGUUUUCCCGAAAGUCAGUUGAUUCAGAAUCUUUUAGUGAUUCUAAGAGUUGCUAUUUCUAAAUAUUGUUUGUUUAUUCAUAAAUAGUGUCAGUAUCAUAAUUCGGUACUAAUAGUAAUCGAAAAUAUAGUCUCGACCGUUAGGUGAGGACAGUUCGAAACAAACAGAUGCUAUUUACUAGCACAUAGCCAUAACCUCACAAUAUAAUGAUGACAUCAUAGUAUUCGCUGAACAACCAAUCAUCGAAAUACCCUUCAGUGUAUUUUGUAUAGAAGUGUUUACAUUGUUAUCUAUAAUUGCUUUGCUUGAUAAUCUUUUGAAAGAAUGUUAUAACGGACGAAUGACUAAUAGUGUAAAUUGGUGUAAAUCAGCCUUAAAGGACAGGUUUUAAGGUACAAGUCGUACAACUCUUGGUCUUCCGUGUUUUCAAUUAAAAUGUCUGGAGAUGUAUCGGCAAUUCAAGAACAUGCGGAUGAAAGUGAACAUGCAACGAUGAAGCAGUCUGAACAGACAGCAUGUGCCAAUGUGUCUAUAGAAUCUAUACCUAAAUUAGAACCAUCUUAUUUUAAUGAAUCAGAUUAUAAAGACGAAUUAUCUAAUGGAUUAAUUUUAUCACCAAUUCCUUUUACUACACCAUAUAAAGUAAGGGAUCCCAUUGUUUUACUUGAAAAAUGUGAUAAAAUAUGGGAAACAUUAAAAGUAAUAAAAGAUGUACAACGUAGUAAAAGUUUUGGUACACUUAAUGGAUUACCAUCAGGGAUCACAAAUGAGAACUCCUUGUAUGUGAAGUAUCAUCCAGUAUUAGGCAAUAACAAUACUGCAUUACCAAAUUUUAAAUUUUCAAUCAAAACUAAAAAAAGAUUAUUCCAUUGUUCAGUAUGUGGAAAGUUAUAUACAACUAAUCGAUCACUUAGAUUUCAUUCUGAAAGAGUACAUGGUAUUCUCAUACCACUAAAACGCAAUAAGAACCCCAUUGUAAUUCAAACAAAAAUUGAUAAAUCAAAAGAAUCUAAUGCUGUUGAAAUAGAAAAAGACAAUGUUGAAAAGCUUGACAGUGCGAGCAUAAAAAAAGAUAAAGAAAAAAGAAUAACUCAUAAGGAACUAAAACAGAAUGGACAACCAACUGUUUCACAUCAUGACUCAGUUUCACAACAACAAUGUGUACUGUGUAAGCAGACUGUAAAAAACAUUAGAAAGCAUUUAACUGAUUAUCAUAAGAUCGAAGGUUCUGAUUUAAUGUUACAAGAAUUAGAAAAGACAUCUACUGCUCCAAAAGUCAAAGAAUUUAACAAAACAUCCGAUAAUGAUGAACCCAUAGAAAACAAUGGAAUUAUUAAAGGCAAAUAUUCCUUACGUUGUAAACAAAAAAGAAAACAGGAACUAGAUAUUUCAUCUGAAAGUCAGAAAAAAAAAACUAAACUUAAUAACAAUGAUGAUACUUUGAAAACGGCAGAAGUUGGUUCUCGUCAAUGUGAAAUUUGUUUCGGGAUGUAUUCACCACACAGUAUUAGUAAACAUAUGCGUCGUCACCAUAUUCGUGGGGAAACAAAAGAAAAUUUUCAUUUGUUUAGUUGCAAUUAUUCCAACUCUCCGUUAUGUAUAAAACAAAAAGGAAUUGUAAACUCAAGUAAUGUGUUUUCUGAAAAUACAAAUAAUAAUAAUAGAGAUACUGAAGAUUCGUUUACGAAAAAAAGAAAACAAAAGCAAAUGUUCAAAUCACAGGGUACAAGUGGAAGAUCACCUAAUAAGAAUGCUGACAACCAUGAAUUUUCUUGUUCUUGUGGAAGAUUAUUUCGUAAUCCUCAUACAAUGUAUCUACAUAAAAGUACGUGUCAUUUAAAUUCUGUACAAAAUAAUUGCGACAGAGACUCUGGAAUUGGGAUUAGCAUCACGAUAAAAAAAAAGAAUAAUUCUUAUGAGGUUGUUGGUAGAGACGUUGAUGAAGAAAAGGAGUUGCAGAAUUUUAGUAAUUCAGAAGAUACUAAUACAUUAUCCGAUAUUACCGAAGACGAUGAUACAAUAGAUUCACAGAAUCAACAAUAUGAUAUUCUGGAAUCAUCUAAAUAUAGUGAAAAUCAUAGCAUUUUAAGAAUUCAAUUUGUUGAUGAAGAUACUGAUGUUGAUAUCGAAGAUGAUUCACAGUAUAAUGUAUGUAAUAACGAUACUAGCGAUAGGCUCAGCGCAAAUAAAAUAACAAAUAAUUUUCGUAACGAGGAGCUAAAACAAACAAUAAAUGUACAAAAAAAUAUGGGAAAAAAUGAAGACAAAAGAUGCAGUGAAUCUAUGUUUAGUGUGGUUACAAAAAAUAAGAUGUGCGUAUGUGGAAAUAAGUUCAACUCCAGAAAAGAUCUUAAUAUUCACAUCAACAAAUAUCACAAAAGUACACAAUUAAUAUGUGGAUAUUGUAAAGAAAAUUUUCAUGAUAUUACUGCAUGGCACAAACAUGAGUGUUCUAUUGAAGAGGGGGAUAGCUAUGUUGAUCCACCUUUUGAAAUACAUUGUCAUUAUUGUCGCGCUAUACUGAAUUCUUUUGCAAAAUUUGAUGACCAUAUUAGGCAGAAACACUAUGAUUCCGUAGUUCCAUAUCAAUGUUUUCACUGUCGGAAACGAUUUUCUAAUGCUACAUCACGAAAAUUACAUUUUCAUGCAGAUCACAGUUUACCUACUUGUCCUAUUUGUGAAAAAGAAUAUAUGGACACGGUGAAGAGUAAACAUGAAGCAUACCAUUAUGGGCUUGGAUUUCCCUGCCAUUUAUGUAAAAAAACGUAUUGCUCUAAACAAACUUUAUUAAAACACAAAGGAAGAGUACAUCUUGGCCCUUCGUAAUAGUUUAACAUAUGAGUCAUGUCAUGCUUCCUUGGUUUACAAUCUCUUGACAUUCAUAAAAAGAAUAGCAAAGAAUGUAGAUGUCUUUGUGAAACACAUGUUAAAAGAAAAGCUGAUAAAAAAAAUAUUGAAUCAGAGUGUAUAAAAGUUAAAUAAAAAUCAAUGCAGCGAGUCUUCACAGAGUUUAUAAUUUCAUAUUGUGUUUUUUUUAUAUGAAUUUAAGAAUAUAAACGUUUCAGUGUUUUCUUUAACAGAUAAAAGAUAACAUCAUUUUUUAAAUAUAAUUCUAUUCUGUUGUGUACAUUAUUAUUUACUGUUAAUAUUUGUACGAUGUGUAUAACGUAUAUAUUGUACUAUAUAUAAUAGGAAUGUUGCUAUCAUUAAAUGCAUAAAGUAAUAUUAUUAUAGAUAAAAUGAAAGAAUGAAUGAUAAAUGUGAAAAUGAAAAUGUAGGUAUAAAACAUUUAAUAAAGAAUAUGUAAUGCUCAUAAUAUUAUGAUGAUAAUUGAUCUUUAUUUGUUAACGUACAUGACUCAUGGAUUUUAGUUGUCACUGUAUUUUAUUUUGAAUAUAAAAUGUUCACUGCAAAGCAAUAUUUUAUUUAUGAAAAUUAUAGUCUUUUUUCUGUAGAACUAGUGUGGUUUGAACAUGUGUACCUAUACAACGAUAUAAUAUUGAUUAUUUGAAUGAAAUAGAUACAUUUGUUUAAUAAAGAGAUGUUUCUUCUUUGUAAAAAUAACAUUAAUUUAAUUUAUCGAAAUAAUUGAUUACAAUUUGUUAAUAUUCGGUCCCAUAAAUACUAGCAAUUAGUUUCCAGUUGUUUUGAUUUUUGAUUAUAGUAAUACCUAAAGGAUACAAGCAUAAUUGAGAGUAAUAAUUUAAUAGUAUAGAAAUAAAACAUUUUUAUGCAAAAUUUGUAGUAUAAUAAUAAGUGAAAUAGAGAUAAGUAUGAAACUAUAUUUCACUGACCAAAUUUAUGCAUUCCUAAGGCAGUUACUUUAUUAUGAAACAAUGUAUAAGUGUUUAAUAUUUGAUAUAGUAUUGCUACUAUUAUUAUUAUGUUCUAAUCUACAAAUUAAGAAAUAAUAUCGAAUUAUAAAAUAUACAUUUUUGCACUUUGGAAAUUAUUUUUAUUAAAGAGAAAAGCAUUAAAAUAAAUAAGCAAUCAAAUUUUUCCACUGCAACUGUUUUACAUAAAAAUAUAUUAAUCGGUGUAAUUCUUAUAAAUUUUAUACUGUAUAACGUCAAUAUUAAAUAUCCUACAAGUAAUGUAAUUUUUUUAACGAGAAUAAUAAUUUAUUUUAUUAUGCACUUGUCUUUGGUACAUAUAUAUACAAUCAUUUCAUAGUUGGGAAGUACACUAAAACAGAGAUUGAUAUAGUUUAUUGUACACUAUAUU